ACGGUAUUGGCUCAUAUGGUAUAUUGGAUAUUUAAUAUAAUAUUUUUAUUCUUAUUGUCAGAGAUUCGUCAGCGAACUGCAGCUCAAAGAAACCUUUCUCCAGCACCAGCAAGCCCUAGCAAGGGUUCUCUCCCACAAGUUCCAGCAUCUCCUGGAACACCAAAGGACACUUCAGCCCCUGGUGGACCCCCAGAAAGAAAUGUUACUCCAGCCCUAUCAUCAAAUGUGUUACCAAGACGUCUCGGAUCCCCUGCUACUUCAGUGCCUGGAAUGGGUCUUCAUCCUCCCGGUCCACCUUUAGCAAGACCCAUUCUCCCCCGAGAACGAGGUGCUCUAGAUAGAAUUGUUGAAUAUUUAGUUGGUGAUGGUCCACAAAACAGGUAUGCCCUUAUAUGUCAGCAGUGUUUUUCUCAUAAUGGCAUGGCUUUGAAAGAAGAAUUUGAAUACAUUGCUUUUCGAUGUGCCUACUGUUUUUUCUUGAAUCCUGCAAGAAAAACCAGACCACAGGCUCCAAGACUUCCAGAGUUUAGUUUUGAGAAGAGGCAGACUGUGGAAGGCUCAAGUUCAGUUGGUCCCUUGCCUUCAGGAAGUGUGAUUUUAACAGAGAACCAGAUCAGUGAAGAAUCUUUAGAAGAACAAGAUGUUCUUGAUAGCAGUACAGAGCAGACAGAGGACAAAAUAUCAGAUACAGAGCAGACAAACCAAGUGAUUGAAAAAGCAUCUGGCACGGAGGAACCACAGGAGAAACAACAAGAGACCGAGAGUGAGGAAACCUCAAUGAAUGAAGCCAAACCAGAAGUUCCCAGGGCUGAUUCUACUCCUAAUCCUGAACUCGGUGGAGAAUCUUUGAUGACAAUGUAGUAAAUGUUUCCAUGUGCCUUCAACUGAAUGGUUGUAGUCUUGUUGAUGUCAGUUACUGCUUUUUUGGUGGUGCUUUCUGUUUUUUUUUUCUCUAAGGGUACGCUUGAUAUCAUUUGAAUUCAGAUUGCCUAGCUAUUUCAGUAUGUCAAAGUUAUAUACCUACUGGAUAUUAAAACUAAAAGCAAGUGAUAUCAGUAAAGUAAGAUCCCUUUGAAUAUAUUGGGUUGUUGGAAAAGUCAUGAUGCAUUUUUGCAACGAAAAACAUAGAAAAAAUACAUCACGACUUUUCUGACAACCCAAUACAAAGACCCACACUUUUUAGACAGGUUUUAGAAAUUUAUUUUCCAUUCUAAAAGUAAACAAACAUGAUAGAAUUCCUGUUGUCUAUAUAUGUGACCUUUAAAUAUCCAUUUUGACAUAGGAAGCACUUUGGUUAGGAAUAAAUUCUAAUAGUGUUUAUUUUAAGGAAUGAAACUCAAUUAAGAUUUUAAUAUUUCAUCAUUAAAAAUGGAUAGAAUUUUUACUCUUGAGAUAUUUGCCAUGGGGCAAAAUGUCUAUUUAGGCAUUUACAUUAAGUGGUAUGAAAGUUUUAACUGUAACUAUAUAGGCAUUGGUACGAAUUCUCAGUAAGAAUGCAAUUGAACAGUCAAGUGCAGUGUUUCUUUUUGAUGUCUCUUAUUUUGCAGCUGGGCCAAAGGCACAUGAUGUAUAUAAUUAGCUUAUGUUUACAUAUUAACAUAUAGGAAAUAUUUCUGCACUUGACUGUACUUGAAUUCUGAGCAUUAUUUAUAUUUGUAAAAUAAUGAUGAUAUUAUAAGUGAAUUUUGUGCUCUUCUGUGUAUUUUGUUAAGGAAAAUAAAGAUGAUCUGACAGCAGUUUCUUUUUGUUUAAUAUCUAGACUUCUUCAGACAAAGUCUUGGUAGAUGACUUGGCUACCUAAAAAAUCUUA